CCAGAACCCACAACCGGCAAUCUUUUCAUCCGGAUUUCACCUUCCUCGCUUUCCGCCGUAAUCAUCAAAGAUAGCCAUUGGCCGAGCAAGACCUGGGCGCUUACUGGCCUCCAAAUGACCAACACCCACCCCAUACAAAGAACCUACGAGUUUAGCCGCCGAGCAGCAUCAGAAACAGCCAUGCAUUUAAAGCAAGCCAUCUCCAUCUCCAGGAUCACUCCAUCGCCAUGAUACCCCCAGCGUCAACUAGACCUCUCUGCCAAGCCGUAUCCCAGCUCCAUCCGGUCAGGUUGACCCUACAAACCACAUACUACCCUCUUUACCUAUACCCUUCGUUCUCCUCUUUGCAAAAGGAACCCGUCCAAAAUGUCCAACAAUGACCUAGCCCCUCCAUUCGGCUACCCCCUCCGACGAAACGGCUCUUGUUAUGACACCGAAAACGACUGCGGCACCACCUGGGGCCCCUACCACGAAUGCUGUCCCAAGGGCGCCACCUGCGCCCCAGGAAAUUGCUGUCACUCGGCCGCAGCGUGCGGUAACAUUCUCAAACUUGACCCUCAUUGCGGAAAUACAUCAGCAGUCUUGUAUUACGAAAACGACUAUUUCUGCUGCGCGAACGGGACCGAUGCCUUUGCUUGGGUAUCGGAUGGGUUCGUCGGGUGUACGAAUAAUGUUGCAACAUUGGGGUCUGAGUUUAGUUUGUUGUCGCCGGUUUCAACGACACAGAGUUCAGCCAGUUCAAGCACUCCAAUUGCCUCGACGACGUCACAUGCAUUCACAACUACAGCGGCAACUACUACAUCGAUACCGCUCCAACCUACAACGACAUCCCCACCCACUACGACAUCUACACCAAUGUCAUCCCCUGAAUAUAAUAUUCCUGCCAUCGUGGGUGGGGUAGUAGGUGACGUUGCCGGCUUGGGUCUUAUCAUCUGUCUCAUUUGGUUUCUGCUCUACCGCCGGGCGAAGGCAAUACGACAGCAGCAAUCAAGUCAACCCAUGUCGUUCCUUGGCCCAAGAGCCAAGAAUUAUCAUCCCACGGAGCUACAAGCUGAUGCUCACCCGGCUGUCCCGGAAUUGGCGCCCAGUCUGCCUGUCUAUGAAAUGGGGUCCCGACCACCGGUCUAUGAAUUGGCUUCUAGACCGCCUGUGUAUGAAUUAGCAUCGGACACGUUGAUUGAGGGUGGGAGGAUAUGACUAUUCCCUACAUUGUAUAUAUAGUAGAUAGAUAGAUGGGGAAUCCCGGUCUAGCCCGAAGUGGCACCGUCGCCUUGGCAAAAUGGAGGUCGCACGGACCCCCGGGGUGAGUUCUCCAUCCUUCCGUACCUUUAAGGCACAUACAAC